UUUCAGCAGUUCCUUAUCAAAAAAUGUUAAAAAAGUAACAAAAACGUACUGAAUUAAAUAAGAAAAAACUGAAAAAUUAACAAUUUCCUUAAAAAUGGAACAACCAAAACCAAAAAUCGACGAAAACCUGAACGAAAUGGACAAUGCCAUGAAAGAAGACUUUGAGCAACUCAAUGAAUAUUCCAUCGACGAACCGGGAGGUUUACUCGAGGACGGGCGCCGUUGCAAGAUAAUCAUCACGAAUGUGUCUCGUCACUUCACAACGCGAGCCAUUCGUAACUUGUGCGGCGAAUUUGGCGUCGUCAUUUCCAUGAAUGGCCCAUUUCCGAUGAACAACAGCAAUAAUUAUUUAUUUUUCGUGACUUUUGAGACGAUUGAUGGAGCUCAAAACGCCAUCGAACAAAUAAAUCGCAUUUGCAAACCAAUGCGAGCAGAUUUCUCCAAACCUCGUGAGAAAAAUGACCAGAUAUCGUCUUCUAACAAGUCUCUCGAUAAAAUUUCCGAUCACGAAGGACCAAAUAUGAAAAUUCGCAAGUUUCCGGUUCCGCUGUUGGAAAAAUAUGACUUUAAAUUUCCAAAAAGUGACGAAAUGCGGUUUUCCAAGGAUCAUUUUUUGAACAGAGACUUAUCGAAAGUUGACCCGGACCUUUUGUUCUUCAAUGAAACAGCUUUAUGUGACAUUCUGACACUCGACGAAGACAUCGAAGAGCUCCAAUCGGUCACGGAUUCGUACAAAUUGGAAAAUUUCAUAUGGUCCUACAAGUUUUCGCAACAAGACGAAGCUCGGAUCAAGAAAUUUUUGAAAAAUUCAGCAGGAACGUAUGACGAAAUCCAUGAUAUUCACUCGAAACGCAAUGAAAAAUUCGAAAAACUGCGUGAAAAGUUGGGAGAAUGCAAAUUUUGUAAGAAUUUAACGACGCGCAAAUCGAAAAUUACGGAAAAUUUCUUUUGUUCCGUCGUUUGUCAGCAAAAAUUUGAUCUAGGAGUGACUGAAACGACAGAAAAUGAAGAAAAAAUCAAAGAAAAUUUCUGUUUGAUGUAUUUUCCGUUGGAUAAAAAUGUAAAUUAUGUCAUCAUAACUGCGAUAAUUGCUCAAAAUGUCGUUUAUGUUCGUCCCAGCGACUUAUCGACAACGACAAAGUAUUAUCGACUACUCGAGGAAGUGAACGAAAAAUGUCAAGAUGCUCCAAUAAUCCUAAAAACACCCAAAAUUGGAGAACUCAUAGCUGUCAAAACGGAAAAUGGCAAUUUUUUCCGAGCAAUCAUCUUGAAAAAUGACAGUCCAGCAAAAAUUCGCGUUGCAUUUUUGGAUACCGGAGAGGUUUCGUACCAAAAACGAGCUCAACUCCGAAAAUUACCUCAAAAUUUGUGGUCUUUACCGAUUUAUGUCCACAAAAUUGUCCUUUCUGACGUGCCAACUUCAUAUUUUAAUCUCAACGCUGUCAAAUAUCUCUCGAAAAUUGCAUUCCGACAAGGACAGCGAGAACUUUUGAUCAAAUUUGAUGACUUGAAACACUCCGCCCGACUUUAUCAACAAGAUAUUUGCUUAAAUGUCGAGCUAAAAAGCAUCAUAAAAAUCAAAAAACCCUCCGGAACGCAUUUUAAUGUCACCGACAUCCCAAGUGUCGACACAAAAAAUGAAGAAAAUCAAAAAUUGAUGAUUUUAGAAAAUGCGAUGAUCGCCAAGGGUGAGAUUUCGUGCAUCAACGUCGAUUAUGUGAAAAAAUUGGAAAUGUUGCAUGAAAAAAUCCAAAGUUACGGAAAAUCUUUAAAAUUAGCAAAGGAUCACAUGUACACGCCAGGUCACAAUGAAGUCGCUUUAAUAAGAAUUGGCGAUGUUUGGUUUAGGGCAAUUUGUUUUGAAAUUGUCGGCGAUAAACAUCCCACAAUGGAGUCCUUGGACUUUGGAUUUUUUACGAUGUGUCACAUUUCGAACAUUGUCGAGUUGCCACGGAAGCUGCUGGAUCGUUGUUAUAUGCAAAAUUAUUGCAUUCAUGAUGCGCAGCGAUAUUCGGAAGUGUUGGGUGAUGAAAAAAACGGAAAAAUUGAGAAAAUUAAGGAAAUGUUGCCGUUGGGCAAAGUCAUAACUGCGGAAAAAAUCGUGAAAAAUGACGAAGAAGAUCUUUUAUUCAUUCAUUCCAAAGAGAUUUGUGACGUUUUUGAAGGGCUUUGUGAGGCUCCGGAAGUCAAAGAGGGCUCCAAAGAUGAAAACAGGCUGUAAUAAAUAAGAAAUAAUUUUUUUUACAUAAGAAUAAUAAAAUUUUGAUU